UUUGAAAUGAUGGUUAUAGGCUCAAGUCAUGCGAGCCAACAGACAAACCCGGAAGGCCACUGCUUCACCAAGGAAGACGAAGAUGCUCCGGCCGCCGUUUGCAAAGCGCUUUUCGAAUCUCACAUCUCUCAGUUUUCUGCUUCGUUUCAGUCAAUAUAGGGAAAUGCAUAGCAGAAAUCGGAAGGCCAUGGAGUUGAUUGCCAAAGGAUGGAGUGCUUUGAAGGAAGUCGAUAGAGUUAUUGAUUAUUGUGAGCUCAAUGAUCGCCGCCUCAUCCCCCUUCUUCGGACAGCGAAGGAAAAUUUUGAAUUGGCUCUUGAAGUUGAUAAUUCAAAUACCCAUGCUAGGUAUUGGUUGUCAAAAUUGCAUUUGAAGUACCAUGUCCCAGGGGGAUGUAAAGCUGUAGGAGCUGCAUUAUUGGUUGAAGCAGCAGAUAUGGGCGAUGCAGAUGCACAAUAUGAACUUGGUUGUCGUCUGAGAGUUGAGAACAAAUAUGUACAAUCAGACCAACAAGCUUUCUAUUAUCUGGAGAAAGCUGUUGACCAGCUACAUCCAGGUGCACUUUUUCUUUUAGGUGCAGUAUAUCUGACUGGAGACUGCGUGAAGCAAGAUAUUGCAUCAGCAUUAUGGUGUUUCCAUCGGGCUUCAGAGAAGGGUCAUGCCGGUGCAGCUAUAGCAUAUGGAUCUCUUCUUCUCAAAGGUGUUGAAGUACCCGAAUCUCUAACAAAAUUCAGCUUAAAGAACGGUUCAACCAGAAAGGCUAGAAAAAGCCCGGAUGGUCCAGUGAUGAAUUCAGUUGAGAUGGCUAGAGAACAGUUCAAUGCAGCAGCAGUCUCAGGGUGUGAUCUUGGGCUCAAAUGGUUAAACAGAAUCGAAGAGGAAGAAAAGAGUUUGUCAACUGAAUCUAGAUGAAGAUAUCGACAUUAUUUUCGUCACUGUAAGCAUGCUAGAACACAGAAUAUACACAUUUUAGGAUUGAAUCAACCCGAGCGAAUUAGACUCCUUAAUGACGAGUUUCCCUUGGUUUUAGUACAUUAAACUGGAUUAAGGAUUAUGUAUGUUACAUUAGUAGGUCAUUUAUGUUAAAAUCCUCUGUGUAUUUAUUACAAGUAGGCAAAUUAAUUCCUUGAUUUAGGUGCAUCAUGAUACAUAUAAUAAGGCAUUGGAUAGAUUCUGUUAAUAAGACUUUCUAAAUAAGGAUCCUAAUGAAGUUUUUAAACUUUCAGCUGCAUAGUA